CGAAGGUAUCAAAGCAAGUUGCCUUGGCUUUUAUGAAGAGAACUCUUGCUAGAUGCAGGAAAUUUGAGGAUACUGGGAGAAGUUGCUUUAUGGAUCCUGUGCUUAAAGAUGUUCUUUUGGCUGCACCUGCUCAUGACAAUUAUGCUGGCUCAGUUGCUGCCAUCAAUCUACCACAAACUCAAAAUUCUGAGGGAGAGGCUAUGCUCUCAGGUUUUACCUCUUGUAGGGAGCAACAUGGUCUUGAAAAUGAUCAAAUCGGCAGUAGUCCAGUGGAUGUAUUUGAGAAUCUAAACCAGCUCUCUGACCAUGAUUUUGCCAGAACAGGACCAAUACUAAACCGAGGGAAGAAAAAGGAACUACUGCUUGAUGAUGUUGGUGCUGCUGCUUCUUUGAGAUCUGUGCCAAUUCUUGGCAAUUCUUUCAUGGGCGGAGCAAAGGGAAAGAGGAGUGAGAGAGAGAAGGACAAAGACCCUUCAGGAAGAAAUUCUGUUGCUAAAACUGGUCGACCCUCUGUAGGUUAUUCUAGGGGUGAGCGUAAAACAAAAGCAAAGCCCAAACGAAGACAGCUCAACUGUCUGCAUCUGUAAAUGGAUCUCUUGGCAAGUUGCCAGAAAGUACUGAUUCUGAGCACCUGUUCACUCUUGGUUCUGGUGAAGGAAAUGACAAAGGGAACGCCAGAAAAUGUAAAAUGGAGUCUGUUUCUCAUGGCCAUACAUCUAAUAAUUUAUCCAUGGAGCUGGGGCCAAACAUUGACUUUUCUAACUUGCAUGAAUUUGACUCGAUAGAACUGGGUGUAGAUAAUGAACUUAAUGAGCAUCAAGACCUGGGCUCUUGGUUGAACAUUGAUGACGAAAAUUUACAAGAUCAUGAUGCAGUGGGCCUAGACAUACCAAUGGAUGACCUGUCUGAGUUGAAUAUGUUCUAAUGAAGGAGAAUCCAGGACAUAUACAUUCCUAUGGACAGUUUGACUUAUAUAAACGGUGCUGUGUCAGAGGAAGCUGCUAAUAGAAUUUAUACCUCUGAUUAUUUGCACUUGUAAUUAUGCCCAUUCUUUUUGUACACUUCUCUACAAAACCAAAGAGAACCAAAAAAAAAAAAAAGUGUAGUCCUCAAUUGUUCAUAUCAUUCAGGGAUUCCCUCAGGUUGUAACUGCUACAGUUUAA